AUGGCAGCAACCAAAACCCUCGACGCAGCAACAUGCACCACCGCUGCCGAAGCAUUCAAGCACCCUCUCCCGCAAGUCCGGCAAUUCCACCGCACGCUAACCACCGAGCUCGACGAGAAGAAUGCGCGCCUGCGGACUUUGGUUGGGGGCAGCUACCGGCAAUUACUCGGGACCGCAGAGAUGAUCCUCGAGAUGCGGGAGAAUAUCGAUAUCGUGGAGGAUACGCUCGGGAAUGUGGGGAAGGGCUGCGGAAGAGGGGUUAUCGGUGGGAUGGCGAGUGGACUGGGCAAGUUGGUCAGCGCUGGUGGGGGCGUAGGCGACAAGCAUAGGAGGGAUUUGGAGUGGGCCGCCAGGAUGAAGGUCCUUUCCAUGUGCGGUGUUACGGUUGGGAAGCUUUUGAAGAGGGGGGUAAGUAAUGGUGGUGAAGGGAGGACGAAGAAUCUAGUUCUUGCGGCCAAGGUACUGGCGCUGAACAAGCUAUUGGUGAAAACCGCGAGGGAUUCCGUGGCCGAGAGGAGCACAUCAGAGCAGGAAUUGGUGGGGGAUGCGAAGAAGAAGCUGGCGAGUUUACAAAGCCGGCUUUUGAGGGCUAUUAAGAAGAGUUUGCAAAGGACCGAUGGGGAUGCCUCGAGAGAAGACCUCAUUCAAGCACUCUCUGCGUAUAGCCUGGCCACGAAUUCAGGCGCAAAAGAUGUGCUGAGACAUUUUCUCCGUGCCAGAGGAGAGGCUUUAGAGCUUGCGUUUGAAGACGAGGGGGAGGCGUCGUGUGUUGUGCGAGCACUAGAACUGUAUACCAGGACUUUGUUGGAUGUUCAGGCGAUGGUACCGCGACGCCUUUCGGAGGCUCUAGCGGCGCUUAAAGAUAAGGUAUUGCUGAAGGAUGAGAAGAUCAGAGAAAUUGAAGGGCUGAGGCUGAAUGUUUGCGAGAAGUGGCUCGGGGAUGAGAUUUUGUUCUUCAUGCCUUAUAUCAGGCAUGAUGAUCUUGCGGGUCCGCUGGCUGUUGAGACCCUAAGGGGAUGGUCGAAGAAAGCCUCCGAGGUGUUGUUACAGGGAUUUGCGGCGACUUUAGAAAGAGUCCAAGAUUUCAAAAUAGUCGUCGAUUUAAGGACGAAAAUUCUACAGAUUUGGAUCAAGGAAGGUGGGCAGGCUAAAGGUUUCGACCCUUCGAUCCUUCUGGACGGGUUGCGGAAGGUGAUUAAUGACCGCAUGGUACAUCUCCUCGAGUCCCGUGUGCAGAAACUACAUCUGGUAGCGACCGAGGUUGAAGGAACAUUAGGAUUAUGGGAUGAAAGCAUCGCAGGACGUCACGAGAGUCUUUGGGAUGCAAGCAUGCUAGACAUGGAAAUCAACCAAGGAGCCGACCCCUUCAAACAAGCAAUCCUCGCUCGCACGCACGGAAGAAACGACGCCGUUUCGAGGGUAUUCAAGGGAUAUCAGGCGUGGCGAAAGCUAGUGGACGAGAUCACCGUUGUCAUCGAACAGCUAAAGAAGCAGAGGUGGGACGAUGAUCUAGAGGAUAUCGAGGACGAUGAUGUCCUCGAAUCUCGAAAUACGCUGCUCAGCCGCGAAGAUCCGGAAAUGCUACAGGGGCGUUUCAAUACAUGCCUCGAGAACGCGUAUAAAGGCCUCCAUGAAAAGAUAGCCGCAUUGAUAGCUGUGUAUGAGAACAGCGAACACGCAGGCUCAAUGUCCAUCUACCUCCUCCGCAUAAUCCGCGAUCUCCGGACAGGGCUGCCUAGAGAUCAAGCUCUCCAGUCCUUUGGGUUGUCAUUAGUCCCUGCCCUCCACGAGAAGCUAGCAUCUACCGUCUCAGUUGAGCCGAUCAAAUCGUUCACCAAAAGCUUCGAAAAGAAGUCGGUGGCGGGGCGGGCCUUAUGGGAAGGCACCCCCGAACUCCCCGUUCAACCCUCGCCUGCGGCUUUCAAGCUGCUGAAUAAUUUGACCAUAGCAAUGUCGAAUUUAGGUGCUGAUCUUUGGAGUCCGACUGCUAUUGGUGUUUUAAAACGAAAGAUACGGAAGGAACUAGCACAAGCUUGGCUGGACGUUUUGAAAGCGCCGGAAGAGAAGGAGGACUCGCCGGAGACUAACGGCGCAGUUACCAACGGCGACGCCUCCCCUAGCUCCCCUAAUCAUGAAGUCGUCGACGUAGCAAAGUGGAAAGAAUACCUCACCCAAUCCCUCUUCGACCUCGUCCUCCUCCAAAAUUCCUUCGAGCUACCAGAUACCGAGGAUGGCGAUGACGAUCUACAACCCUUAGAAGAAACGAUUAAGAAACAAAUAGAUCUUGAUCCCGCAGCGCAGAAGCGGUUGAAGCUGGCUGCGAAGGAGUAUUGGACGAGGACGAGCUUGCUGUUUAGGCUCUUGGCUUAG